AUUUACCUGGGCGAUGUAUGCUCUGUACAAGAAAGUGUCGCGUUCAGUCUCCUUUUCUGGCGAUGAAUUCUAUAAAAAACAACAACAACAAAGUCCGUACUUGAGUCAAGUUACAAACGAGCUGAUGUGCGGAGGGAAGAAAACACUCUUUGAAUAAUUCACGCGUCCGUGCUUUCGACACGGUUAGCGACUGGGAUUGGAGACGACGUCAAGCCGAGAGGCAACAAGCUCUGGGCGGGCAGACAUGCUGUAGAACUUCUAGAACAUCCUUCCCCGCCUCGCCGGGAUGAAGAGCCAAGAGAUUUAGCUGAUACGUUUGUUGCUGGCUGAUUGAGGCAAGAGUUGACCAUGGACUCGUUCAGCACCAAGAGCUUGGCCAUGCAGGCGCAGAAGAAGCUGAUGAGCAAGAUGGCCACCAAGAGCAUGGCCAGCCUCUUCAUCGACGACGUCAGCAGCGAAGUCCUGGACGAGCUGUACCGGGUCACCAAGGAGUACACCCGCAACCGCAAGGAGGCCCAGAAGAUCAUCAAGAACCUGAUCAAGAUGGUGGUGAAGCUGGGGGUGCUCUACAGGAACAACCAGUUCAGCAGCGAGGAGCUGAGCCUGGUGGAGAACUUCAGGAAGAAAGUCCACACCCUGGCCAUGACGGCGGUGAGUUUCCACCAGAUCGACUUCACCUUCGACCGCCGGGUCAUGAGCGCCCUGCUGAACGACUGCCGCGAGCUGCUGCACCAGGCCAUCAAGCGCCACCUGACGGCCAAGAGCCACUCGCGGGUCAACCACGUCUUCAACCACUUCGCCGACUGCGACUUCCUGGCCGCGCUCUACGGGCCCUCGGAGGUCUACCGCGCCCACCUGCAGAGGAUCUGCAACGGCGUCAACAAGAUGCUGGACGAGGGCAACCUCUGACCUCUGAGUUACCUCCCACCCCCAACCCCGGAGUUGACAAUCACCAACGUUGCUUGGUUCUUACGUGUGCCUCUCAAACACUGAAGUGCUCUCUUGCCCAAAGUCUUUCUUUCCUCACAUGGCUUUUGUGUGGAAGCAAACAAAAGGUGGAUAAAGUGAAUGUAAAAGUUAGCGUAGCAGCCUUUCAGUCCAAAGGCACAUUGCUCACUCUGUGAAUCCCUCAGUCGCUUAUACCUCUCACUGGGAGCCCAAAGACUCUUCCAUACCUUCCAAAAACAUGUUUUCUAUACGACUGUUGCACUCGAGCCUGAAUGGUGCUGUACGAUUCCUGCAAGAAUGCAAGUCUGUGAAGCCAGGCAGUGGACUAAUCCUGCUUAGCCUGCGUGUUACACAAGCUAACGUUGAUCUCCACUUCUACUUCUGUAUGAAUAGUCUGCUUGCGAGCGGGCGCAACAAAGGGUGAGGUAUCUGGGUCAAGGUCGGACCUUGCGGAACGGUCCCGACAAAGGUGGGUCAAUGGAAUGAACCGUACACUGUUUUAUUCAGGGUAGCACUAGAUUUUGGUUGGAAAACCAGUCGAUUCACCAGCCAGCUAGUUUAGCAUCUUGCCAGGUCAACACAAGAUGAGGUAUUUGGGUCAAGGUCGGCCCUUGGGUCAAGAUCGGACCUUGGUUCAACGCUUUCACAACGGAACAGUCCCGACAAAAGUGGGUCAAUGGAAUGAACCGUACACUGUUUUAUUCAGGGUAGCACUAGAUUUUGGUCGGAAAACCAGUCGAUUCACCAGCCAGCUAGUUUAGCAUCUUGCCAGGUCAACACAAGAUGAGGUAUUUGGGUCAAGGUCGGCCCUUGGGUCAAGAUCGGACCUUGGUUCAACGCCUUCACAAUGGAACAGUCCUGGCAAAAGUGGGUCAAUGGAAUGAACCGUACACUGUUUUAUUCAGGGUAGCACUAGAUUUUGGUCGGAAAACAAGUCCAUUCACCAGCCGGCUAGGUUAGCAUCUUGCCAGGUCAACACAAGAUGAGGUAUUUGGGUCAA